AUGUCACCUUUCACGCUGGAAAGCGAAAAGACACAGCGUCUCCAGUCUCUAGUCUCCAAGCUGACGCCCGUGCCUACGAUCCACAUCUCGCCGCAGGUCCCUGUCGCCGUCCCCGUCAUCAUCGCCGUCGCCACAAUCAUUGCAACUGCAACAACCACCACCAGUUCUUCAACCGGCCAUGUCCUGAUCAAAUCGUGGAGGCCAGCCGCCGCCAGCCAGCCCGCCAGCCCACCGAGAGGCCUAGCGAGGCCCAGGGCCAGAAUGCAGUCCAAGUUUCACUGA